AGAGGAAUCAAAAGCAAUCCGAUCUCGCUCAGGAAGAGAUGCAGAGCCACACGGUCUCCGAGUCUGUGCUGGCCCCGGUGUUUGCAUCUCAAUCAGCACUGAUACUUAAGAGUCAAAAUACCUUGCAGCUUGUUUUUUUAAUCCUGCUCCUUUAUGUAGGGACUUGGCCGUAUAAGGACCGUUCUGUGCUAUGGAAACAAUAGAUGACAGCUUAGCUGUUCCUCAGCCCAGUUAUAGCUCACUUAAUAUUUUUUUUUUAUUGCUAGCAGACUUGUAAUGAGGUUAUGAAACGAGCCUGUGUCACAGCUAAGUCCCACCCAUAAGCUGUGCUGCUGAGAUAGGCCACUCAUGAUUUCAUCCUGGGGAGAUGGGGGUGACUGACGUAGCCCCCACCAUUGCCAUCCAGCUGCUCCAGAGGCACUUGCAGCUUGUGCUUUAUCUGUCAGGUUAGGUGCCUGAUAACAUUCAAGUUUUCUAGACUUCUGACCACUAGAAAAAGAAGAAAGGCUUUUUUUUCUUUUUUCAUUUAUCCCAAGAAGCUCUGCCAAAGGGAUAUGUGUAUCUGUGGUAACUUCCUUCUAAUUCUUGCAUUUUCAGCCCUCCCCAAAGGAGAUAGCUUGAGGUAACGUCAUACUUGGGACUAAGAUAUGGAAAACUGUGAUGUGGUGAAUACUGUACAACAAAUCCCUUCAUCUUCUGCAGACUCUGAUGUGAGAAAUACCCACAGCUUGCUCUAUAACUUGAAUUGUAACAGAAGUCCCUCAUCCAAUCCCAAUGGAGUUUCUGGUUACUCAGGGAAUACCAGGUCCUCAUUAAUGCCUGGUUCUGUUGAGCUGCUUGCCUCCUUUAUGCAAGAUAUCCAGAACAUUGGAAAUGCUGACUCAGAAAUUGUGAAGAACUGUGAGACAAGGUGGCUACAGUUAUUGAGACUGGUAGAAAAACAAUGUCAAGAACAAAUAGUUGCCCAGCAAGAGCAGUUCCACCAUCAAAUCCAACUGAUUCAGGAUGAGAUAAGGCAGUUAGUGAAAUUGCAGACCAGCAAUUGGGGUGCCGGCAAGAGCAGAAGUUUGCCUGCCAAGCUUACAGACACUUCUUCAUCACUAGAAAGUCAAAUGGGGAUGUGUUCUGAAAUCUUUGAAGAAAAUGAGUGCAUUGUCAAUCAACUUAGAUCUAAUGAAGCAGAAAGUCAGCCAAAUGUAUCUGAUCUGCAUCAGGAAUGUUUUGCAAAUGAUGCUUCAAUGAAUAGUGGGUAUGGUACACUUUCUGCCUCCGAACUGAACCCUGGCAAAUCUAACGACAUUAGCAAGUGCACAGACUACAUGGAGGAAACUUCACAAGGACAGGGUGAUGCAGCAGUAUUGCAGAGUGACGCAGUUGUAGCCAGCGUUCAAAAUAAAAGAGAACUUUUACAAAAAAAAAAAGAGGAAAAUUUUUCAUCAGGAAGGAAUGAUAUUUUAGUUUUUCCUGCUGAACAUGAACACAAAGUUGAUGAAGCUCAAUGUGGAAAAAAACCCAGUAAGUCUUUAACAUCAUGGGCGCAAAAGUUGAAACAAAACCAACCAAAAAGAAUAAAUGCCGAAGAAUCAUGUGUGAACUCUAUGCAAGAAAAUGAGCAAGCAAAGACAUUACCCCUUGAGAAUACAAACCUUACUGAUGCUGCUUUGCCACCUUACACUUUUUACCUCAAUCAACCAAAUGAAAGUCCGAAUUCCUUAGUGUCUGAAGCUUCAGGACUUUCGUACUGGAAAUUAGAUGAAAAGGAGAUGUAUCGCUCUUUACCAGAGAAUUUCAGAAGCGGGUUUGCUGAUAUUUUUUCCACAAAAGUAUCACCAGAGGAGUUGUCUUCUGUUGAUGAAAUGAAGCUAUCAUCAUUGAAGGAUAUUUAUCGUAAAAGACAAAGGGAGAACAAACAGCUGCCAGACCAGAAUUUUAUGCCUUCUUCCCAGUCAAGUCACCCACCAGAGAUCUUGACGUUGGACCCAACCCUGCAUAUGAAACCAGGUCAGCAGAACCCAGGACGCUGUUCUUUCAGUAUUCCUGAAGACACUACUCCUUUUUCUCCAGACUCUAUGGCAGAGCCCGGAUUUUCAAGUCAUUGUGACACAGACACUUUUUCACAGACAAGUAAUUCAUCUCAGUUAGAUGAUUCUCCAAAAUAUCCUGCCAGCAGUAGUGCUGUGCAUUUGGAUCUCUGGAGAAAUCACCCAUUCCAAAAUGAAAAUAAGACAAGCUGUCCCUUUCCAAUGGCAUAUACGGAUGCUAAUAAUGAUAAUUUAGUCAACACUGAGGAGGAAGAAACACUGACUCUAACUCCGUCUUCUAUUACUCAGUGUGCUGACAACAGUUUGCCAGAAUAUAGUCUUUCAGUGACAUCUGUUGAAGAUCCUGUGAUAAUGUCAAAGAUUAGGCAGAACUUGAGGGAAAAACAUGCUCGACACAUAGCUGAUCUACGAGCCUACUAUGAUUCUGAGAUACAUAGCUUAAAACAGCAGCUAGAGGCAAGCCAUAAAACUGCUUCAUCUGAAGACUUGAAGAAAAUCAAUCAAAAUCUUGCUGACAGGUGUGACCAAUUAGAUGCAGCUCUGAAUGAAGGAAGUGCUCGCAUAAAAGCCCUUGAAAAUAAGAAUAAUAUGCUAGAAAAGCAAGUGGCAGAUUGGAGAGAACGCUUUUAUGCAGUCAGUAACACUUCCAAAGUUUUGCAAGAACGUAUUGAAGAAAUGCGCACAAAUAAUAAAGAGAAGGAUAACACUAUCAGUCGACUAAAAUCGAGGCUUAAAGAUCUAGAGGAAGCGUUUGAAAAGGCUUAUAAGUUAUCUGAUAAUAAAAACACAAGGCUAAAGGAAGAAAACAAAAUGUUUCAAAAUCUUUUAGGAGAAUAUGAGUCCCUUGGAAAAGAACAUGAAAGAGUGAAGGAUACAUUAAAUACAACUGAAAACAAAUUGCUUGAUGCAAACACGCAGAUUUCUGAUUUGAAAAGGACAAUUUCAAAACUUGAAGCUCAGCUCAAGCAGGUAGAACAUGAAAAUAUGCUGAAACUUCGCCAUAUUACCGAAAGUCAUUUAAGAACUUCUUGUGCCAACAAGUUGGCAACUCCUGAUGUCAGCAGGCGAAAGUGGUUGAUACCAGGAGCGGAGUAUUCAAUCUUCACUGGCCAGCCUUUGGAAGUCCAGGAAGGCCCCAAAGAUAACCGAUUAGAAGAAACCUGUAUUCCUUCCAGGCACCAUUCUCCUCCUGAAAAAAACUCCUCACAAGAAGACUCUUCAACAAACACAGUAGACAAGAAAGAAAAUGAGAUGUCAGAAGCACCAAUUAUAAAAGCCUUUAAAGAACUUGAAGAAGGAAAAGCAUUUAAAGAUUGGGGUACACAGACAGAAAAAGAAGACACAUCAGCUAAAACAACAAAUCGACGUCAAACUGUUGGGUUUGUUGAAACUUCUUUAGUUGCUAACCAAUCCCCAGAGAAAGGUAAAGACCAACACAGACCGAAACGGUACAGCUCCCCUUCUGGCCAGAGGUCGUCGUCCCUUCCUCCUUCAAACAGAAAAUCGAAUACUCCAACAAGAAGAGAGAUAAUGUUGGCACCAGUGUCUGUGACAUACAGCCCAAAACGAUCUCCAAAAGAAAACCUCUCUCCUGGUUUUAGCCAUUUGCUUAGCAAAAAUGAAAACACAAUGACAAGAUUUGAUAUACUUCUAGAUGACAUGGAAACUGGUCCAACAUCUACUUUACAGCACAAUAAUCCAAGAAAAAGACUCCAGUUUCUCUCAUUAGAUGAUGUAGAAGGAAGGCAGCAUUCAGGUGUGAGACACAGCUCGUGUGCUGAAUCUGUCAGUACUGGAAUGAAGAAAGCGACAGCUUGGGACGAGAGGGGUGUAGCACAAAAAUACGAGCCAGUGCUAUCAUCUUGUGAAGGAGACUUCAAAUACGCAGCAAGGAUUAAGACUCUGGCUGAAACAGAGAGGCUUUUUGAUGAGCUGACUCAAGAAAAGCAACAGAUUGAGGCUGCAUUGAGUCGAAUACCAUGUUCUGGUGGAAGAAUGACCUUGCAAGCAAGAUUAAAUCAGGAAGCCCUGGAAGAUCGCUUGGAAAGGAUUAAUAGAGAUUUGGGGUCAAUACGCAUGACUCUGAAAAGAUUUCAUGUUUUACGUACCUCUGCAAAUAUUUGACAAUUCUGUCUUGAAUGGAAAUAUGCUUUUUUUUUUUUUUUUUUGCACUAAUAUGUAAUUAUGCACUCAGUAAAUGCAAAUUGUUUUGUAUUUUUAUAAACCCUCAAUAGUAGUUUUACAACCAUGUUACCCUUUACAAACAGCAAUAUUUUGUACUUCAAACAGCCACCUAUAUUUUAAACAUAUUUUUGUUACACUUGAGAAAUGAAUGUUUAUCCUGUAUUGUAAUAUUUUUAGAAAUAUUAAUUAUUUUUAAAUAGUGAUAUUCAAUUUAUAAUAAGAAACUAAAAGGCAGCUUGUUUUCAGAAAAUGAUAGUGUUACCCUUUUGCACUUCGUUUUCCUCACCAUUUUAUAUGUAUUUAUGGUAUGAUGUAAAUAUUAGCCAGUAGGAAAUUUUGAACUUUAAUACAAAAAGCAACAUGAAUUACCUGUGUUAAAGCUAACUACUGUUAUAUAGUAAAUCCUUUUAAUUUAAACCUUAUAACAUGGAUAUUUUUCAUUGUGACAAAACUGUGAGCAAUACUUUCACUAUGGCUGGCUGGCUGCAGAUUGGUAUGUGUUUUGCUCGUUUGGUUGCUGCUGGCUGUGUUAGGAAAAUAUUGCUCUAAAUUAUUUGAUGUCUCCCAACAGUCGCAGUGAGUAGUGGUUUGAUACCACGAGUACCAGGAUUCACGAGACUGACAGCAGCCAUCCUGUCUCCCAGUGAGCAACUCAACUCCAGCUGACGCUCCAGGACUGUAACUACUUAAUCAAAGUUACUGUUUUAAUAUGCCAGGCUGGGUUUUGUGCCAUGCCAGUGUUCUGAUCACGUACAUUACCAAAUCAAAUUCAAGCUGUAUUUGUGAAUAUACAUGCAUUUUUCUUGGUGAAAAAUACAUAUUUGCUAGUUGGGAUAUUGCUGAAUUACUGUCCAACAUUGAUAUUUUAAUUUGUAUUUUAAUAUUAAAUAAAUGUUUAAUUAGAUUCUUUCCUCCUGCCCAAGAACAAUAAUAGGUUCUGGGAUAUUACAUCAGCGUUAAUGUAGGUUUUAAUCAUAUUGUGUUUCAAAUUCUGUCCUUGUUCAAGAUGUUUAGCCACCAAUGAUGUGAUUAUAAGGCCAGAAUAGCUGUCAUAAAGGAAGCUUGUGAAGGUCUGAUUCUAAAAUUAGAGUGCUGUGUUUUAAGAUAUUUGAUGAAGAACUGUCCAACCUAUGCACAGUCUAUUUGAAAAAUUGUAUUUUUUGCAGCCCCUUCUGCCCUGUGGGUUCUUUUAAUACAAGAUCAGAUUUGGGGGAGAAGUCAAGGAUGUUUGUUACUAAUUUUCCCCUCUACUCCAAAAUGUAGAAAUUGGGCCUGGAUGUUUGGAGAUAACUUGCUCAAAUAUAUUUCCAAGCUACACGAACAGA